GACGCUCGACCGUGACAGUGACGAAGACUGCCUGCAACGCCCGGCGCGGUAGAUUUGCUCGUGGCUAAACAGCGCACAGACCAAGCGGCCAGCCCGUUGCCUUGUCUGGGGAUGGAUUGAGAAUUGAACUUGAACCAUUGUCCAUUCCUAAAAACAACCAAACCGCAACUCAAACCCAGAAAUUUCAACCAUUCACUCAUCUUCUUUUCCGCCGAUAGCUUCUGCGUCUAGAAGAAAAGCCCGCUUUUGAACUAUUCAAACGAAUUAUCCCGUCCGCAUCAGCAUAUCAACACCCAUUCAGCAACAGCCAUGUCGGACGCCGCUUCUCCGGCGGGUUCCCCUGCUGCCGAACCCACUGAGCAUCGCGAUGAGGACCAGAUCAACGAGACACACCAGGACGACGAAAGCAAUCACGGAGGAAAUGACGAUGAUAACGAUGGAGGCAACGAUAAGGAUUCCGAUGUCCUGUCCGAAAUCGACGAGAAUGAGUUUGGCGACGAUUACGGCUCCCGGCCCGUUGACAUUGACGAAAAUGUGGCCAUGAAGCUGAAGGCGCGGAGGAAGACGACCACAGAGACGACAAAGAAGCCAAAAGAAGGACGGAGGCCCAAGAAGCGGUCGCGUGGUGACGAUGACGUUGACGCUGCGGAUGACGACGGUGAGCGCCGACCACGCAAGGUCCGCGCCGAGGGCGAGCGGCGUGCUAGGAAAGAGGCAGAGGACCGGGAAGCACAGCAAGAAGAGAACCUCACUCCAGAUGAGCGCAGACGGCGCGCUUUGGAACGCGCCAUCGACGCUGCUGUCAAGAACCCCACCAAGCGCAGGCGAAAGAAGGACGAUAUUGACCUGGAAGAGGAGACGGACGAGCAGAUUGCGAACCUGAAGGUCGCCAUGGAGAAGGCUUGCGUAGCCGACAACGAAGCCCGCGAACAGAAGCAGCCCGCCGUGCACAAGCUCAAGCUUCUACCCCAAGUUACCGCGAUUCUAAACCGGACAGCGAUCCAGGACUCCGUACUCGACCCCGAAAUCAACUUCCUCCAGUCUGUCAGAUACUUCCUGGAACCUCUGAACGAUGGAAGUCUGCCCGCGUACAACAUUCAGCGUGCCAUCAUGAGCGCGCUCAUGAAGCUGCCCAUCAACAAGGACGUGCUUCUGAGCAGUGGAAUCGGCAAGGUCGUCGUUUACUACAACAAGAGCAAGAGCCCCAGCGCGGACAUCAAGCGUGAUGCAGAGCGGUUGUUGGGCGAAUGGAGUCGCUUGAUCCUGAAGAGGACUGACGAUUACAAGAAGCGUCACAUCGAGAUGCGUGAAAUCGAUGUCGGCGCCGUAAAGCUAGGCCAGCGCGAAGGCGGCAGCUCCCAAGUGACGCUGACCCAGCGUCCCGCCGGCAAGUCCCGCUACGAGAUCGAGCGCGAGCGCGCCCUCGCUCCCGAGGUACGCAACAACAACCGCGCCAGGCCCGUCGGCCUUCCCGCCAGCUACACCAUUGCUCCCAAGAGCACGUACAUCCCGGGCCAGGCGCCGACCGAUCAUCGUCCCAUUGGUCACAGCGGCCACGAGGCUUUCCGGAGGAUGACCCAGAAGGGCAAAGGAAAGCGCUAAAAGGAUGUUUAAUAUCCUGGUUCUGGGUUAUCGCUUGAAUUUCGUCACGAUACGUACAUACAGUCGAAAGGACUGGUUAGUCAGGGCUGAUUGACAUGGCUGAGCCCAGUCGAUUUCUGUGGACGGACGGACGGACGGACGGAAAAGGAAAUCAGAAACUUCAGUGAUGGGAGUGUCAAGGGCGCGUGGAAGAAAGAACUGGUCCCCAGGCUGGGUUGGGUUCCUUGUGAAAACAGAAAAAUCCAUUCACUACUGCUGCUACUAUGGGAAAGGGACAUGGUUAUAUGGGACCUAUACUUCUAUUCCACAGACGAAUGACAGGGUUGGCUGGGUUUCGACUUACACAUAGAAUGAAUGGGGCAUUUGGGAAAGUUAUACGUUAAUCGUUGCACAUGCAUUUGAACACUUAUAUUCUCCAAACAGAAAGAUACAUGAAUGAUACUUGUAC